UCCUUCGCUUCGCUGGGCUAUAAGACGAACCGAUGCUCCCUUUCCCAGAGGACGUGCUCAUACUUCUCCUUUACUUCGAGCUUUUGGCGGUGAAGAAAGAUAUCCGUUCCUUUCCCUCGCAUCCGUUUCUGCACCCGCAUGCGGGUUGCUAGUUCCUCCUUUUGAGGUUUACAUAUAGUCGGCGGUGAUUGGUACCACACACGGUGCCAAGAUGGGGAGUUUGCACAAGACCACCUUUGUUCUCAUGUUCUGCUUGGCAAUGUUGGCCAGAGCGGAUCAUCUCAAGUACAAGGAUCCGAAGAAGCCUGUUAGUGUCCGCGUCAAGGAUCUGCUUGCUCGGAUGACACUUGCUGAAAAGAUUGGCCAGAUGACUCAAAUCGAGAGGGAGAACGCCACCACGGGGGUGCUAUCCAAGUACUUCAUUGGUAGCGUACUGAGCGGUGGAGGCAGCGUGCCUUCUCCACAGGCAUCUGCCGAGGCUUGGGCUUCGAUGGUUAAUGCAAUGCAAAAAGAUGCUCUUUCUACCCGCCUGGGUAUUCCGAUGCUCUAUGGUAUUGAUGCUGUGCACGGUCACAAUAACGUCUACAAAGCUACCAUCUUCCCACAUAAUGUUGGGCUUGGAGCUACCAGGGACCCUGCGCUGGUAAAGAGGAUAGGAGAAGCAACUGCUCUUGAAGUUAGAGCUACAGGAAUUCCUUAUGCCUUCGCACCGUGUAUUGCGGUUUGUAGAGACCCAAGAUGGGGACGGUGCUACGAAAGCUAUAGUGAAGACCCAAAGGUUGUCCAGUCAAUGACCACACUUAUCUCUGGCUUGCAAGGCGAUGUUCCAGCUAGUGAAGCGGGAAGACCAUACGUUGGUGGAAGUAAGAAAGUUGCUGCAUGCGCAAAGCACUAUGUUGGUGAUGGUGGUACGUAUUUGGGGAUCAACGAGAACAAUACAGUCAUCGACGUCCAUGGGCUCAUGACUAUCCAUAUGCCUGCUUAUUAUAAUUCUAUCAUCAGAGGUGUAUCCACCGUUAUGGUUUCGUACUCUAGUUGGAAUGGAAAGAAGAUGCACGCCAACCAUUUCCUAAUCACUGAUUUUCUCAAGAAAAAGCUCAAAUUCAGGGGCUUUGUGAUUUCAGACUGGCAAGGCAUUGAUAGGAUUACUAGUCCCCCAGGCGUGAACUACUCUUAUUCAGUUGAGGCUGGAGUUGGUGCCGGCAUUGACAUGAUCAUGGUUCCUUUUGGCUACACAGAAUUCAUUGAUGAUCUGACAGCCCAAGUUAAGAGUGGCAUUAUCCCCAUGAGCAGAAUCGAUGAUGCUGUUUACAGGAUUCUUCGGGUCAAGUUCACCAUGGGUCUAUUUGAGAGCCCUUACGCUGAUCCCAGUCUCGCUGGUGAACUUGGAAAGCAAGAACACCGAGAACUUGCUCGGGAAGCUGUCAGGAAAUCAUUGGUGUUGCUGAAAAAUGGAAAGUCUGCCUCCGCUCCGCUGUUGCCUCUCCCGAAGAAGGCAGGUAAGAUCCUUGUCGCCGGAAGCCACGCUGAUAACUUGGGCAACCAGUGUGGAGGAUGGACAAUCACAUGGCAAGGAUUGGACGGCAACGGCAACACUGCCGGGACGACGAUCCUCUCGGCGAUCAAGUCCACCGUCGACCCGAGCACGCAGGUGGUCUUCUCGGAGAACCCAGACAGCACCACCUUAAGCGACAAGUACGACUACGCGGUCGUGGUGGUCGGCGAGCCACCCUACGCCGAGACAUUCGGUGACAACCUGAACCUGACGAUCCCAGGAUCCGGUCCGUCCGUGAUCCAGAACGUCUGCAAGAGCAUGAAGUGUGUGGUGGUGCUCAUCUCUGGUAGGCCGCUGGUGAUGGAGCCGUACAUCGGCGCCAUCGACGCGUUCGUGGCCGCGUGGCUGCCUGGCUCAGAGGGCCAGGGCGUGGCCGACGUGCUCUUCGGCGACUACGGGUUCACUGGGAAGUUGGCGAGGACGUGGUUCAAGUCGGUGGACCAGCUGCCGAUGAACGUCGGCGACAAGCACUACGACCCGCUCUUCCCCUUCGGGUUUGGCCUCACCACCGAGGCCAAGAAGUGACUCCGGUGAGGUGAUUGAGAUGGGAGGAAUUUUCGUUUGGGAUGUGAGAGAUGAUAUACUUAUAUACAUCAAUUUGUGGUUGAUUUGUUAGCAAUAAAAGAGAUGCAUUCAUGAGGUUGUGCGACA